AUGGCAGCAAGAAGAGUCGUUGUUACUGGGUUGGGUUUGGUGACUCCAGUUGGAGUGGGUGUUCAACAGUCAUGGUCGAACUUGAUAAGUGGAAAAAGUGGUAUCAUAUCGACUUUGACCAUUGAAAAUUUGACGGAUAUAGAAAGAGCUCAGUUUGAAAGCAUACCCAGUCAGGUCGUUGGAAAAGUUCCAGCAGGAUCAAUUGCUGAUGGAAAAUGGAAUGCAAAAGAGCACAAAGAUGCGAUUAAAGAUUUCAGAAGAACAGGUUUGUUUUCCCAAUAUGCAUUAGUAGCUGCAGAAGAAGCCUUGAAAGAUGCCAAUUGGUUAGAAGAUCUCGACGAAAAAUCAUUGCUCAACACUGGAGUUGCAGUUGGAUCUUCUAUAGGGAGUUUUGAAGAUGUUUACAAAAAUUCAGUUGAUUUCAAUCUAAAUGGCUAUCGAAAAGUCCAGCCAUUGUUUGUCCCUAGGUUAUUGAAUAACAUGGCAUCUGGUGCAAUUUCUAUUAACUACGGGUUUAAAGGACCAAUUCACUCUGUUUCUACUGCCUGCGCUACAGGGUGUAACGCCAUAGGAGACGCAAUGAGAUUUAUUAAAGAUGGAUAUUGUGAUGUUAUGAUAGCUGGUGCAACUGAAGCAUUGGUUCAUCCAGUAGCAAUUUCCGGUUUUGCUAGAGCCAAGUCGUUGGUAACAACAUAUAAUGAUCAGCCUGAAAAAUCUUCAAGACCCUUUGAUAAAGAUAGAAGUGGGUUUGUAUUAGGAGAAGGAGCAGGUAUUGUGAUUUUAGAAGAAUUGGAACAUGCGAUAAAAAGAGGAGCAAAUAAAAUAUAUGGUGAAGUAAUUGGAUAUGGAUUAAGUGGAGAUGGAUAUCAUAUAACUGCACCAGAUCCAAACGGCGAUGGAGCAAGAAGGGCUAUGUUAUCUGCAUUAAGAACAGCAGGAAUCUCGGAUAGUCCUGAAAAGAUUGAUUAUAUAAAUGCUCAUGCGACAUCAACUCAAUUGGGUGACAGAGCUGAGAAUCUUGCUAUAAAGUCAUUGUUUGGAUUUAAAAAAAAUGAGUUAUUUGUUUCAAGUACUAAGAGUUCAACUGGACAUUUAUUGGGAGCAGCAGGAACUGUUGAAUCAAUUUUCACUUUAUUAGCGUUGUCAGAAGGGGUUUUACCACCCACAUUAAAUUUAAACAAUGUGGGAGAAGCUGAUGGCGAUAAUAAGAGUGAUUUUAUCUUCAAUUAUGUUCCAAAUCAGGCUAUUAAAAGAGAUAUCAAGUAUGCUUUAAAUAAUAGUUUUGGGUUUGGUGGUGUUAAUGCAUCUCUUUGUUUUAAGAAAAUGUAA